AUCUUUGUCUGUACAAGUUUCCUUUAAAACAAAAUUGGAGAAGCUUUUAACACAGGCCGCGUCGGUUUAACUGCCUUCGCCCGAGAUAUGACGAGAGGGCAUAAUUAAUUUUCUAAUUAUAUGUCCUCUUAGUUGCUUCCAGAAUCAGUUGAUGUAAUUUUCAGAAGGAGCCCACGUGGGUUUACGACUCCGCCUUAAUUGACAGUACGUCAUUUUGCGAUAUGUUUUAUCAGAUAUUUUGAAAACUUCAUCUGCACACGACAACACAGUGACUAGAAGAACUGUCGGCAUAAUUUUCCUAUAAACUGGAUAAUUUUAACCAGAAACAAGUAACCGCCGGAAGAUGCGAUUCGACACAAAGUGCCUAUGGACAUUAACAGUAACAUUAGUUUUUAUAUUAACGAACAGUUUGUGCCACAGCAAAUCAACAUACGACGUUCUUGGGGGCAAUAUUUAUGACGACCUAAACGAUCAGUCAAAUUCGGAUAUAACAAAUGAGAAAUUGAACGAUGAUGUGAAUGCAAAGAUAUCUGCUGGUGACAAGCGUGGAUGGGACAGCAAUUUUGCAGUAUGGGGAAAAAGGGAUUAUGUUGACAUUCCAACUAAUGAACGUGAGGAAGAUCUGUCAACUGCUCAACUAAACGCAGAUAAAAGGAAAUGGUCAAAAUUUGUAUCAUGGGGGAAACGUGAUCAACCGCUUGAUUCUAAUACAGGAUGGAUAAAUGGUGACAUUGAUAACAAAAGGGACCUCGAGGUUUUGACAGAACCCUUAAGAAUAGAUGAGUCGGAUCGGUCAAAACAAAGUACAGAUAAGAGAAAAUGGCAAGCCUUAAGUACAUGGGGGAAAAGGAACGUUGACAAUAAUGUGGAUGAGGAUUCUAAAAGGGGUUGGUCUGGUUUUACCUCUUGGGGCAAGAGAGCCAUUGAAACAGGUCUUGAUGGCAUAGAUAAACGAAAGUGGCAAAAAUUUUCAUCUUGGGGCAAGAGAAAUAAUGAACCACAGAUGGAUGCAGCCAACAAAAGAAAAUGGGCAAAAUUCGUGUCAUGGGGCAAGAGAAGUUAUGAGCCGAUAUUAGAUGAACUGGAUAAACGGAAAUGGGCAAAAUUCUCAUCAUGGGGUAAAAGGUCCGAAAUAAACAAUGAUUUAGAGGCUGCUAAAAGGAAAUGGGCGAAAUUUACAUCUUGGGGAAAACGUGAUGACGACUAUAAAAUCGAUAUGGCUGAAGAUACACCAGAUAAAAGAAAAUGGAACCGACUUGCUGUUUGGGGUAAAAGAGAUGUAGAGCCAGAUAAUGUAGAUAAAAGAAACUGGGCAAAGUUUUCCUCUUGGGGGAAACGACCGAGAAACCCCAGAGCAUGGCUUGCAUUAAAUACAUGGGGUAAGCGACGAUGGACAGGGUUAACAACGUGGGGUAAACGCUCAGGUGAUGGUUUCAAGGCUGAAUCUUUGGCAAGAAAACUGCUCCGCUUUUUCGACCAUAAUGGUGACGGGGCCUUAGACAUAGACGAGCUGAAGAAUUAUAUCAGAACACUGAUGUCACUUCCGUCCAAACAAAUUACGGAAGAAACGUUGCCAGAAGUAGAGUAGAUUAAUCAAGAAAUGUUAUAACUUUGUUAUUGCAAAGUUAUGUAAAAUAAAAUCAAUACCAAAAGACAGAGAUUCGCUCUUUAAUAACAAUUUUGAAAUCAUUCUUUUAUCAGAUCUGAUGCAAAGACCAUGACCAUUAGCAAAAUACAUGUGCGUUUUGAUAAUUAUGUACAUAUUUACUUAUUGCAAAAGUCGUUGCCAUUAUCCAACUUUUUUACACAUUCUUAUAACUGAUGAAAAUAUGAAACUAUAUCUGAAGUAAUUUGUUUCGUAAAGAUUAAAGAUACCAUUCAGAUACUAAAUAUACAGCCCUUAUUAAACAUGAAAUAUUUAUGAAAAUAAACAAAAGAUAAUCACGGUUUUGAUUUCGGAAAAAUCAGAUUUUUCAAAAGAUUUAGAAAAUGCAAUUAAAGAAUACGUACAGUAACUACGUUCAAUUCGUAAAAAUAAACAUAGAACUGUUAUGCUAUUUUAAAAGUUUACAGCUGAAUUCUUCAAGAGGUUCAUCGGAGUGUAUAACAGUUAAAACAAAUACAAAAAUAUAUUUAUGUAUAAAAUCAAUAUAAGUCAAUAGUUUUAUGAGCUUGACAUGAAAUAAAGUGCCAUUUCUGCUGUUUGGCGUUGCAUUUCUAUUGCCUGACUAAUGUUUUUUAAUGAUUCCGUGCAUGUUUUACAUGUUGCACGAGUGCUUUUGUAAAUAUAUACUGCGCAGAAUACACUACACUGAAUUGUUUGACUUUUUAUUUACAAUCGGUUCGUUCUUGCUUUCUUCAUCUGAUAUCUGCUAGAAGCGUGUCCCGUUCAAAUGCACUGAAGGGUAUCAUGCUUUGUAAAAAAAGGUAUAUUUUCAGUAUACAUGUAUCUACGAGUAAAGACGACUUCUGCAUUAAGUUUCUACAUACAAAACAUUUAAAAUGUACCUGUAUUAUCUUGCAAUUAAUGUAAUAGUUUAACGUUUUGCAUUCAAGAUAAGAAUAAUAUGUCUUGUUUAAGUUUACUGGUAUCAAUAAAGUAAUACAGAAUACUGAAA